AUGGCAUUCCAGCGCAUUCUGCUGAUGGCAGGCCUGGUGGCUGUUGUUCUGGUGGUGAUGGCGUUUACCUCCACAAACUCCACGGCCGAGGCCGAGAUCAAGGCCGAGACCCGUGCCGAGGCAGAGUCUGGCUCGAAUCACCGCCAGCGUCAGGCACAGUCCGUUUCGAGUUCAACCAAGGACUCCUUUGUGCCCGAUGGGUUUGUGCCCAUCUCGAUCGGAGCCUCAGAGAGCGCGCCCCUGAUCUUUUGCCAGCUUGACUUUGACAUCCACAGCAAAGAGCCCUGGACCACGCCCAUGUUCAAGGAUUGGGUCCGUACUUGCAAAAAGCGCAUGACCACCACCUGGAGCGCCGUGCGUGCACAAUUUGGCAACAGCAAGGUUGUGCCCACUGGCUUUGUAUUUCAUCAGUCACGUGUGGGAUCCACGCUCGUCUCCAACAUGCUUGCUGCCGAUCCUGCCAACUUGGUCUAUGCCGAGAGUGCCCCGCCUGCGACGAUUGCUCUGCAUUGCGACGCCUGCACGCGCGCUCGCCAGAUCGAGCUUCUUCGUCUCACCGUCACAGCCAUGGGUAACAGUCGCCGACACUCCCGGCUGUUCUUCAAAUUCCAAUCGGUCCAAUCCACCAUGAUGGACCUGUAUCGUGAGGCUUUUCCUGAUACCCCCUUUAUCUACGUGUACCGCAAGCCCGCUGAGAUCUUGGCGUCGCAAUUCCAGCUCGGCAGCACAAGCCGUGCGCCUUGUGUGCGCAGCUUCACCCAUCCCACAGAUGAGGUGCUCAAGAUGCUGAGUGCAAGUGACCGCAAGGACCGUGUCGCGUUUUGCGCCGCCGUACUGGGCAGCUAUGGUGCACAUGCCGUUCAAGCGAUUCGACAAGCUCCCGGUCAUCUAGGAGUUGCGAUCAAUUAUGAGGCUUUGCCCGCCAUCGUGCCCGACAAAAUCAUGCGAGACGUCUUUGGCGUGGUCACUUCCAAGGAGGUUAAGGAGCGCAUGCUCGAGUUUGCCACGCACUACAGCAAGGUAUUCAAUGAGACCCCGAAACCUGAUGCCUUCGAGACAACUUUUGUUCGCUUUAGAUGCUCGCCGACCCUGACUUUUCGGUUCGGUUCGCAGGCUCGGAGUAAGUCGGCCGACUUUGAACCCGACACGGAGAAGAAAGAGCAGUUUGCUGCUGGAGAAAUGGAAGCCAAAGCCAACAAAUACAUGCUGGACACGUACAAGGAAUUGGAGGCAAACUACGUGGCGUUUCGCCAACGCCAAGUGACUGAAGUCCGCAAAGCUGCCCCAUUGGGUGUUGUGAAUGACAAGCCCAACGCCAAUCCCCGCCUAUUCGACGCGGGGAGUGACAGCAAGCACAGCGAGAAGAAAAUAGGCUCUCAACCCCUUGGUCUCAUCCGCGAUUCGUUGGCUUCAGGCCUGAGUGGUCUGGGCUUUGGACACAGGGACAAGACGCCCAGCGCCCGCUAUACGGCCGAAGAAGAGCUCAAGGGCAACUACCUGCCCUAUCCUCCCUUGCAACCUUUGCACAAAUUUUUGGAGGAGUGGAAUCCUGAUGAGCCGGAUAUUCCAGAUAUCCCCGGCAUUGCUGAGGGUACUCUCGAGCGCUUUGACUUUUCUGAUCCAAAGCAACGUGCUCGUGCCGAGACCCUGCGCAUCAAUGAGGUACCUUUCAUGUUGUACAAUGUGCCCGAGAUCAACGACGCGAGGGACAAGUGGGCAAAGGAUGAAUACCUGAAGCAACGCUUUGGCAAGACACCGCUGCGCAUCACCACCUCUACGAGUAAUCAUUUCAUGUAUUUCAACCGUAAUAGCGCCAAACGCGCCAAAGAUUACGACCGACCAACCGGCGAGGAGACUUUGUUGUUCGAUCAGUGGUUGGAACGGGCGUACAAGGCAGAGAAUGCCUCAAAGGAUGAGCCUCAUUUUUACUUGCAGCUCAACUCUGUUGGGCCCAAUGCCUGGAUUCGAGAGGACCUCCCCAGUUUCAAUCCCGUCGCCAACUUUUUCAUCGCCGAUCCCACUCAGAAUCGGGGCAUCAAUUGUCGGUUUGGGGCGCGUGGUAUCAUUGCCGAAAAUCACUAUGAUGGCGGCCGCAACUUUGUAGCCAUGAUCCGGGGCGCGAAGCGGUACAUUAUUCUGCCUCCUGAAGAAUGCCCGAAUCUCUACUUGUGGCCACGCAACCACCCGGAAUCACGGCAUUCCAGGGCGGACUGGAGCCAACCUGAUUUUGAGCAAUGGCCCAAGAUGAAGAAUUCGCAAGCCGCCCAGGUCGUGGUUCGCGCCGGCGAGGUCCUAUACAUUCCUAGGUCCGUUGCGCGACAGCGCCUUUUCGUGAUCCCCGACUACCAUGCCUAUUAUCUUUAUCUCUCUCCUUCGGUCUCUCUGCGCGUCGCACAUGCCAACCUCAUCUUUUGA